GAAACCCCAAAUCUUUCUGUUACUUUUUGUGUCACUUAUUGGAUAAUGGCUGAAGCCACUGAUUUUAAUCAAGAUGAUAAAGAUUCUAAUCUUCAAUCAACAUCAAGUAGAGAAUUAAUUGCCAGCAAUACACAAAUGGUAACCAGAAGUCAAUCACUUAAACUGGAGAAAAGUAGCAUUAGCAGCAAAGACAAUGAAGAAGAGCCAGAUUUGUGUCCAGUGUGCCUAGAAGACAUGAUUCAUCCUGUAAAGUUGCCUUGUUCUCAUGUGUUCUGUUUUCUUUGUAUCAAGGGGGUAUCGUUAACAAAUGGGAAUCUCUGCCCCUUGUGCCGAGGAAAAAUCGACUCAGACUUUUUUAUUGAGCCUGUGUUGGCAACUCCUCCCCAGCUCAAAGUUAAGAAAAAGACAGAAUUGAAGAAAUCUUCUUCUCAGUCACAGUCAAGAUGCAGUUCAUCUGAAACUGCUGAUGAAGAUCUCGAUGCUUCACCUGGGGCUGCUACUGGAGCUGAUGCAAAAGAUCCCAACUCUUUUCAGUGGUUCUAUGAAGGCAGAAAUGGUUGGUGGAGGUAUGACGCCCGUACCAAUGCUGCUCUAGAGGAGGCAUAUUCCUCAGGAGUUCCGUCGUUGACGUUAAUGUUGGCGGGUCACAACUUUUGCAUCGACCUCAGCGCCAUGAGGCAGAGGAGAGCUGAUGGUGGUGGCAUGAGCAGGAACAUCAAGCGGGACUCGGUCUUGUGCCGGGCUAAGGGCACCGCCGGGCUGCACGCGCGAGUUUUGGCCCAACACAAGCGAAAGAGGAAGAACUGAGACGUCGCAUGUUGUGGGGUUCGAAACUCGUGUGUGCAGUGAAAUAAAUGUGCGAGUGAUCGUUUGUAAAUUACAGGCAUAGAGGAAGGCCAUUAUUAUGGUGAAUGAUUGAUUGCGUUAGUAGAAAUGGUGAAUGAUUGAUUGCGUUAGUAGAAAUGGUGAAUGAUUGAUUGCGUUAGUAGAAAUGGUGCAUGCUUGAUUGCGUUAGUAGAAAUGGUGAAGGAUUGAUUGCGUUAGUAGAAAUUGUGAAUGCUUGAUUGCGUUAGUAGAAAUGGUGAAUGCUUGAUUGCGUUAGUAGAAAUUGUGAAUGCUUGAUUGCGUUAGUAGAAAUUGUGAAUGCUUGAUUGCGUUAGCAGAAAUUGUGAAUGAUUGAUUUCGUUAGUAGAAAUUGUUUUUGAUCACCAGUGCGGUAUUUUGUAAAAAAGGAAUGAGAAAAUUAAUUAAUAAAUGUCGGGUUGGUAGAAAAUUGU